AUUAUUAUUAUUAUUGUGUUAUUCCUAAUGGAACAUAACAAUAACAACAAUAUUAUUUUGCAUUCUCAUUGUGUAGAAGUGGCAAUGGAAGAAGUGCACCAUGUUGUGGCUCCACCACACAAGAGCACCUUCCAGAAGCUCAAGGCUAGGCUCAAGGAAACAUUCUUCCCUGAUGAUCCUUUGAGGCAAUUCAAGGGACAACCUUUGAAGACCAAAUUUGUUCUUGGAGCUCAAUAUUUCUUCCCUAUUCUUCAAUGGGGUCCUAAUUAUACCUUCCAACUCUUCAAAUCUGACCUUAUCGCUGGCCUCACCAUUGCUAGUUUGGCCAUCCCUCAGGGAAUCAGUUAUGCAAAGCUUGCAAACCUUCCUCCAAUUGUGGGACUAUAUUCUAGCUUUGUUCCGCCACUUGUUUAUGCUGUGCUUGGAAGCUCAAGGGACCUAGCUGUAGGACCAGUUUCAAUUGCUUCUCUUGUUCUUGGAUCCAUGUUGAGGCAAGAAGUGUCUCCAACAACAGACCCUCUUCUCUUUCUUCAGCUUGCUUUCACUUCUACCUUCUUUGCUGGUCUCUUUCAAGCUUCUCUUGGGAUUCUAAGGCUUGGGUUUAUCAUUGACUUUUUAUCAAAGGCCAUACUUAUUGGUUUCAUGGCUGGAGCAGCUAUAAUUGUUUCACUGCAACAACUUAAGAGCCUCCUUGGAAUCACACAUUUCACUAAACAAAUGGGCCUGAGUAUAAGAAAACCAAAACUUUUCUGGGUCUCAGCUGGUGCUCCUCUUGUAUCUGUUAUCAUCUCAACUAUCUUGGUUUUUGCAAUUAAGGGCCAAAACCAUGGCAUCAGUGUAAUUGGAAAACUGCAAGAAGGAAUAAAUCCUCCUUCUUGGAACAUGUUGCGGUUUCAUGGAAGUCAUCUAGGCCUUGUCAUAAAAACUGGGAUUAUCACAGGCAUUUUAUCCCUCACUGAAGGAAUUGCAGUAGGAAGAACAUUUGCAGCUCUCAGAAACUACAAAGUGGAUGGUAAUAAAGAAAUGAUGGCCAUCGGAUUCAUGAAUGUGGUUGGCUCCUUCACUUCCUGCUAUGUUACAACAGGUGCAUUCUCUCGCUCAGCGGUUAAUAACAAUGCUGGGGCGAAAUCAGCCGUGUCGAAUGUAGUGAUGUCUGUGACAGUCAUGGUGACCCUCCUUUUCCUUAUGCCAUUGUUCCAAUACACGCCUAAUGUUGUGUUGGGUGCAAUCAUAGUCACGGCGGUGAUCGGUCUCAUUGAUAUCCCUGCUGCUUGCCUCAUCUGGAGGAUCGACAAAUUCGAUUUCAUUGUUAUGUUGACCGCAUUCUUUGGUGUUAUUUUCAUCUCUGUCCAGCAUGGACUUGCUCUCGCAGUUGGAUUAUCAACAUUUAAGAUCUUACUGCAAAUUACAAGGCCUAAAACAGUUAUGUUGGGAAAGAUACCAGGGACAGACAUAUAUAGAAAUCUUCAUCAGUAUAAGGAAGCUGUGAGAGUACCUGGUUUUCUCAUUUUAAGCAUUGAAGCUCCCAUCAAUUUCGCUAACAUAACAUACCUCAACGAAAGGACGUUACGAUGGAUUGAAGAUGAAGAAGACAACAAAAAGGAAUACUCAAGCCUUCAAUUUGUGAUCCUGGAAAUGUCAGCUGUGAGUGCCAUCGACACAAGUGGAAUUUCACUUUUCAGGGAUUUGAAAGCAGCAUUGGAAAAGAAGGGAAUUGAGCUUGUGCUGGUGAAUCCACUCGCCGAGGUCAUAGAAAAGCUGAAAAGAGUAGAUGAAGCCGAUGAAUUCAUACCAGCACAAAACCUGUUCUUGACAGUUGGAGAGGCCGUAGCUUCACUUUCAACAGCAAUGAAAAACCAAUCAACCAUCCCAGAGGGAGCACACACAAUUAUGCCACAUUACUGAUAAUUUAAUUAACAUUGCAGAAUAAAUCAUCCAAAAAAAUACCAAAAAAGAAAAAAAAGUUGUGGCGGCGGCAACUGCUGCAACCAAGCUACCUUCGAAUUCAUAUAUAAUGAAUCAGUGUAGCAUCCUAUAGUGUAAAUGAUUGUGUUAAGAAACUUUGUCAUUUAUGCUUCUGCUUAUUAGUUGUUACCUUGCAAGCAUUUUGAUCUAGUUAAAUGGAAAACCACUUGGUGCUUGCUAGUUCAAGCAUUCAGAGUGAUUUACAUGUAUAAUACAUAAUUUAGAAGGAAAAGUUUGCUUAAUUGUAAGUUAUAACUAGAUAUGGUGUUAAUAUCAGCUUAUCAUGUACUCUUGCGAUAGGUCAAAAUUAAAGCAAUUAAAUGAGUGUGUUUAUAUUC